AUGGGAGAGGGUUUGGGUAGCAACAUCAGCGUCGCCAGCACGAACGCCAGCGCUAUUAGCAGCGCCCGCAGCAGCAGCACUUAUGCGAGCACUUAUGUAAGCGGCAGUACUGCUGGGGAUGCGAUUGGGAGGAGCCUGGCUCUGGGAUGCAGCCUGGCGUUCGGUAGCACGCUGGCGAUUGCAACUAGCCUGUCUUUCGGAGGGAGUCUUGCCAUUGCCAGCAGCAUUGCGUUUGGAAGUAGCCUUGCUGUUGUGAGUAGCUGUGCUGUUGAUGAUAGCACCGGCAGGAGGAGGCGACGUGAAGGGGGGAAGAAGGCAGGAACAGCAGAGGAUAAAGUGGGAGCAGAGGCGGUGGGUGGGGAAAACGGGAAGGCGGGGGAAGGGAAUGGGGGCUACGAAGUGGAGGGACGAGGGGAGGAAGGGAGAGAAGGUGGUACUGUGGCAUCCUUAGUUGCUGCUCAUGUGGAAUCUUCAGAAAAAAUCGACAGGAGCAACGACUCCUCCAAUGCUGCUAGAAGCAGCCUCGUUUCAAGGAGCGGAAGAAGGCAGUCAGGCAUACUGAGGAGCAGCAUGAGGAGAAGCUCCUCCUUCACAGCUCCUCCCACUGUCGCCUGGUUUUCCCCUCCUCUUUGCUACAGCGGAGCGCAGUCAGAAGGGAGCUUCCCAAUCGGAUCUUCUUCAGAUGCUGCGUUUCCCAAAUAUACGUCUCCUUGCCCUGACAGGCAAGCACAGGCUGAAGGAACAUCCGUGAAAGAAUCGGUUGAGAGAACCAUCCAUCUCGUCUCCCUUCUCCUCCGACUGCCACUGGACGUCGACCAAUAG